UGUUUUGGAAGCUCUUUCAAAAUGGAGUAGCCCGUUAGCAUCAUCUUAAGCCAAGUAUAUUUUGGCCUGUUUUUCUCUUCGAAUAGUUCAACAGGAUAUUCUUCGUUUAACAUUUAUAAAAUUACAAAAAUGACAGAUGAGAAGAAAUCGGGCUCUUUGGGCUUCUUCUCGAGUUAUGACGAUUUAAGCGACAGCAGCAGCGACUCGGACGAGGAACGAGAUGGUCGAAAGAAGAAAGCGGGGAACGAGGCUCAGGACAGCGGGUCCGAACAAGCAGCGAAGCGGACAGCCGGUGGAGCUGCUUUACCGAAGCCUGAUGAGCUUUUCCGCUCCGUGUCUAAACCCACUUUCUUAUACAACCCACUGAACAAGGAGAUAGACUGGGACAGUCUGACUGUCAAACCCCCUGAGGAGCCUGCAAAAGAAUUCAAACCGUGGAAGACAAAUGCAGUCCCGCCUCCUGAGAGCUAUGUUGCAGAACCUGAGAGGAAGAAGGGGCCUCCCCCAGGAAUGGACAUGGCAAUAAAGUGGUCCAAUGUUUACGAAGACAAUGGCGAAGACGCCCCCAAUGCUUAUUCAGGCAAAGCCCGUUUCUUGCCUGCAGAGGAGCAGCCGUCUGACUCAGACGAAGAGUCUCAAACGCCCUCGAUAUCAGCCAAGAAACGGCGAGUGGAGACGUUUCAGCAGAAGGAGAAGAGGAAGAGGGAUUUGGGACAAGCCACCUCAGACAAGAACUUUGUUGAAGAGGAGAAAAGGAUUCUCAGGCAAAAGGCAGAAUGAAACACAAUCAGAUUAAGAUUUAAGCUUUAUCACCACAGGACAUUGACACAUGUCUUCAUUUAGGACAAGAAGCAGUGUUCUUCAAAAACGUUGGCUCAUUUGUAUUUAUCUGCUGUGAAGUGUCGUUUUCUAAUAGAGUUGUCUUAGUUUUGUUUUCUGUUGUGUAAUUUGGUUUUCUAUUACUGAGGAGUAUGUAUGAAAUUUUAAAAUAUCCAGAACAAACCCUACAUUUUUGUUGAAGUUUAAAUAUUUUGAAAUUUGUCAUUGAUUUACAAGAAUAUCCAGGCCUCUGAAAAACUUUUGGGUUAGUUAAAUAUGACAAAUGAUUCAAGACAGAUGACAUUUCUCAAUUGGUAAAUACGGUUAAAGAAUAAUCCCAAAAGUCUCAAUUGUUUGGGUUUAAAUUAUAUUUAAGUUGCUAACUGGUUGAACACAAAACCUGUUUUGUUUUUUAAGUCCUUAUAUGUAAAUGAACUGUAAUCUUUGACUGUAUUGGCUUUAUUCGUAUCUAGCAUUUCUAUUUUUUUAUAUGUUCAUAUGACUUAUUCAUUGUGACUUUCCUUCAAACAAAUGUUUGAAAUGGAAAAAUAUUAUUAAACCCCGGUUUCAAAACCUGAUUGUGCUU